AUUACUGUUGGUUAGCCAGAAAAUAUAUACAAUGGGUAGAUAUAUACUAUAAGACCAGAGUUAAAAAAAUGUUUGUACUUAUACAGCUAUAAGGACUACUAGUUGCAUAAUUCUACCAUCUACACACAAAGGUCUGCAAACAAACGCUCAGUAUUUACUGUUCUCUAAUUGAAUUUGGUGCAUGAAAGCAUGCUGAAAGGCGAUAGUUUGAAACAAAUUCAAUUACAGAUUUGAAUAGAAUAGAGUAGAACUUUGAUUAAAUGGAUGAACGCAAUUUGAAAUUAAAUGUUUUUUCAAAUACUUUUACUUCAAGGAAUUUUGUUGAAAGAUGUGGUUAUGGUUGCUCCACCAAGUCUAUUUGAUACUUUCAAAUCGUAUUUCUCUGCUGAUUUAAAUAAACAAAUUUCUACAAAAGGGAAUAUUGAUCCUGAUUUUCAAAACUCAGACUCAGAUUCUGAUUGGUUAAUAAACAAUUAUGCUAACUUUUUUAAAAGUGAUGUAAAUCAAAAAGGCAAUCAAGCCAGUAUAAAUAAGAUAAGUGAAAUCCAAAAAUAUGGUACAACACGGCAUAUAAAAGAGAUUUUUUUAGGGAGAUGUUAUGAAUAUCAAUACAAAAAUGGUGUCUUAGAAGAAAAUGAAUGGAACUGUGAAAAUUUGUGGAACCUUUUUUUUAAAGCAUUUGGAUUUAAAAAACCAUGUGAUGUUACAUCAGCAGAUUAUAAAGAGCUCUUGGAUAAUAUUGAUGAAAGGAUACCCAGAGACAAAGCUUUACUUUGGUCUGGAACAAGAGAAUUAGCACAUAAGUACUCUGACUUUCUUUACACAAAAAGGUUUACAACGUUAGAAGAUACCUUAGCUGGUUAUCUUCUCAAUGGUUUAACAUGGUGUGGAAGUGACCAGCCUCCUGGUAUCAACUUUAACCAAUGCCCUUGGGAAUGCUCUAUACAAGCUCCUUAUUGGUCAUUGGCAAAUCAAAGGUUUGCUCAAAAACUUUCUGGAGUUAUACACAUUGUGCUCAAUGGCACUCGACAGCAUUAUACUGAUAAGAAAUUAUAUCCUGCGUAUAUGAAACACAGGUAUUAUUUAGGACCUUACAUGAUUCCAGAGUUUAACAAAAGAAAUAUUACCAUGGUUGUGAUUAUUGUUGCGCAUACGCUACACUUAAAACCAAUUGAAAGUUGUGGACAAAAGACAGUGCAAAUGCUUGCAGAUGAUAUAAAAGCGAAAGAUAUUCCAGUUGUAUGUUAUGACGAUCCAAGUGUUGUCAAACAUAUCUUGUGUGUGGAUGAUCCCAUGUCUCUGGAAUGUAUGCAAAUUUCACGUGGAGCUCGACUCUAGUUGCAAUCUAUUACGCGAAUUUUUUGAAUAUAGUGUUUAUAAGUGUUCGUAUAAGUGUGUAUAUACAUAUAUAAAAUAUUUUUAUUUUUUGUAGUAAAAGUUUUUUUGCACUAACUAUUAAUGUAAUUAUGUAUUUUUAAACACAA